GAAAAACAUUUUUAAUUGACAAUAAACGCAUCACGCGUUAAUUUCAGCUGCUAUUUUAACAAUGAGCGAGAACCAGCUGGCCGAGACCUACCACAAGCAGAGACCAGUGAAGCAGACCAGACGCCAGGUCACCAAAGUGUUCUCUGAGCAGCCGCUGAAUCUGCAGAACCAAAUCACGUCUGGUCUCCCAGAGAAGGAAUCAAAAAAGCCAGCCAAGAGCGAAUUGCCGGUGUCGUUGGGCGAUAACCCGUUUGACCGGGGCAUGGACGCAACCAAUCCGCAGAGCGAAGUCGACCGGCAACUAUCGGCCAGAUCGGACGACACUGCACUGCAGCCUGACCAAGUGGCUGCAGAGAAACAGCUGGCGAGCCUACAGUCAAAGCUGAAGCGGUCAGAGACAGAGGUUAUCACACUGCGGCACCAGCUUGCUGAAGCAAAGGCAGACCUCAAGGCUGCGGAGGACAGGCUGCGCGAAAAGGACAAGAUGAUUCGGGAGCAAGGAAAGCAGAUCGAUGAGCUCAUUGAUGAGCGUGUACCGAUGGAUGAUAUGGAGGCGGCGCUACUGGCCGAGUGCCAGAAACUGCUAGAAGAGUAUGUCGCUGCUGAUACCCCCAGCAACUAGCUGGGCUACUUCUCCCCAGUCCUAGCAUUUUCUGUAUAUCUUUUAAAAUUCCUCAUACCCACUCGACAGCCAUCGCUUGUGAAGCAUGGGAUCGUACACUUAAUAUGUAUAGGCAUAUGAAGGUGGUGCUGUCAAAAGAGAUGAU